AUGGCCGACAUAAAGAUUGAGGCCAAGCUUUUCCAGGAACGUAUUUCCGACCUCACAAAUACCUGGAAGGCAGAUGUGAAGCGCUCUAGUGACGAUGGCGUCUUCGGUGGCGUUGGGUCCAUCGUGAUCAUGAUGGGAAAGGUCGACGAAACCCCAGAGUUUCACAAGAGCAAUGCUAUGCAUUUCUGGUUGCUUGGCUACGAAUUUCCCACGACAUUAAUGCUCCUCACGACCGAAACACUAUACAUCCUGACGACGCAAAAGAAAGCAAAAUACCUCGACCAGAUCAAGGGUGGUCGGUUUCCCGUGGAAGUGCUCGUUCGCGGCAAAGAUGCGGUUGAGAAUGAAAAGGCUUUUGCCAAAAUAAUUGAGGCUAUCAAUAAUGCCGGGAAAAAGGUCGGCGUCCUUGCAAAGGAUGUGUCUCGCGGCCCAUUUGUCGAGGAGUGGAAGAGCUAUUUCACCGAACACGCGAAGGAGGCAGAGUCUGUCGACAUCAGCCAGGCCCUUUCCACGGCCGCGUUUGCUGUCAAGGACGAGACAGAGUUGCGCGCCAUGCGCACGUCUUCCAGAGCUUGCGUCGCCCUCAUGCACCCCUACUUUCUCGACGAAAUGUCCGACAUUUUAGAUCAAGACAAGAAGGUCCGCCAUAGUGCCCUAGCCGACAAGGUGGAGAAAAUGCUUGACGACAAGAAAUUUUGGAAAACUGUCGAGCUUCCAAACAAGUCCAAGCUGCCUACCGAGUUCGACCCCGAUCAGCUGGACUGGGUGCUUGGCCCUCUGGUCCAGAGUGGCGGCAAGUUCGAUUUGAGGUGGCAGACGGAGGUGAACAAUGACAACUUGAAGCCGGGCAUCAUCAUUGCCGCCUUGGGUCUCCGCUACAAGUCGUACUGCUCUUCUAUCGCGCGGACGUUUCUGGUUGACCCGAACAAGUCCCAGGAGAGCAAUUACCGGCUCCUUUCGGCCGUCCACAGUCUGGUGCUGAAGGAGGUUCGCGACGGCGCCACGUGCAGGGAGGUGUACACAAAGGCGCUUGCCUAUGUCAAGAGCAAGAAGCCGGAGCUGGAGAAGCACUUUGUGAAGAACAUCGGCUACGGAAUUGGCCUAGAAAACAAGGACUCCACCCUGGUACUGAAUGCGAAGAACUCUCGCAGCCUCAAGGACGGCAUGACGCUCUGUAUCACAACCGGCUUCAGCGACAUUGACAACACCCAGUCUAGAGACAAGAGCGACAAGCUCUAUUCAUUGGUCAUCACGGAUACCAUUCGCGUCACCACGGGCGAGCCGGUCGUCUUCACCGGCGACGCCCCGAGCGAUGCUGAUGCGAGCUCGUUCUUCUUCAAGGAUGAGGAGGAGGAGCAGCCGGCUCCGAAGAAAGAAAAGAAGGACAAGAGAGUCGGUGCUGUGGCCACUAAGAACAUCACGAGCACCCGCCUGCGGUCAGAGCGUACCACACAGGUGGACGAGGACGUGGAAAAGAAGCGGCGCACGCAUCAGAAGACUCUCGCUGCCAAGAAACAGCGGGAGGGCAUGGCUCGCUUUGCGGAAGCCACGGGCGACCAGAAUGGUAAGGAGGUGAAGCUGUUUAAACGCUUCGAGUCCUACAAGCGAGACAACCAAUUCCCAGCCAAAGUGCGCGAUCUGGGCAUCGUGGUGGACCAAAAGAACGCGACCGUUGUUCUCCCCAUCAUGGGUCGACCAGUGCCUUUUCACAUCAACACCAUUAAAAACGCUAGUAAGAGUGAUGAGGGCGAAUGGGCCUUUUUGCGCGUCAAUUUCCUCUCCCCCGGACAGGGUGUUGGCCGCAAGGAUGACCAGCCCUUCGAAGACGCCUCUGCGCACUUUGUUCGCAGCUUGACGUUCCGCUCCAUGGAUGGCAGUCGCUACGAUGAUAUCGCCAACCAGAUCGCAGUGAUGAAGCGUGACGCCUCGAAGAAGGAACAGGAAAAGAAGGAUAUGGAAGAUGUUGUCGAACAGGACAAGCUUAUUGAGAUUAGGAAUCGCCGGCCGGCCGUCUUGGACAACGUCUUCAUUCGUCCUGCUAUGGAAGGGAAACGUGUUCCGGGCAAGGUAGAGAUCCAUCAAAAUGGUAUUCGCUACCAGUCACCACUUAGCACACACCAAAGAGUGGACAUUCUCUUUUCCAACGUCCGCCAUCUCUUUUUCCAGCCGUGCCAGCACGAGCUCAUCGUCAUCGUCCACAUACACCUCAAGGACCCUAUCAUCAUAGGAAACAAGAAGAAGACCAAGGAUGUACAGUUCUACCGCGAAGCCACGGAUAUCCAAUUCGACGAGACCGGCAAUCGGAAGCGCAAGUACAGGUAUGGUGACGAGGAUGAGUUUGAGGCCGAGCAAGAGGAACGCCGCCGGCGCACCGAGCUUGACAGGCUCUUCAAAUCUUUCGCCGAAAAAAUUGCCGAGGCAGGCCGAAGUGAAGGAAUCGAGGUGGACAUGCCUAUCCGCGAAAUUGGCUUCAACGGUGUUCCGUUCCGCAGCAACGUUUACAUCCAGCCCACCACGGACUGUCUCAUUCAGUUGACGGAGCCGCCCUUUAUGGUUCUUACCUUGGAGGACAUCGAGAUCGCCCACCUGGAGCGUGUCCAGUUCGGUCUCAAGAACUUUGAUUUGGUGUUCGUUUUCAAAGACUUUUCACGACCGCCAUUCCACGUCAAUACGAUCCCGGUCGAGUCUCUGGAGGACGUGAAAGAGUUCCUGGACUCAUCAGACAUUGCCUUUUCCGAGGGUCCCCUGAACCUGAACUGGCAGACGAUUAUGAAGACGGUGACCGCGGAUACGCACCAGUUCUUUGCGGACGGUGGGUGGGCUGUGCUGCAAAUUGAUUCGGACGAUGAAGAAGGCGGUUCCGAUGACGAUGAGGAAAGCGCCUUCGAGAUUGAUGACAGCGAGCUCGAGGGCGAGUCCGAGUCGAGCGAAGAAGACUCCGAGUACGAUUCAAAUGCGUCAGCCGAAGCAAGCGAUGAAGACGUCAGUGACGAGGAGGAGGGCGAGGACUGGGACGAGCUGGAGCGCAAGGCGGCGAAGCGAGAUCGCGAGACUGCUCAUCAAGACGAGGAUCGCGGAGGGAAAAAGCAGAAGCGGCGCUAA